GAUAUUUGGCUUAUGCAGGUCCCGCUCGUGGAGAUGGCCCUUCAGCCGGUGCCGAGUGAUAUGAUGUUGGACUCUGUUGCGGACUACCUUGGAGAGGACGGAUUGUGGGAUGUGGAUCGGUUGGCCUCUUGGCUGCCAGCGGAGGUUCUGCAGAAGAUGACCGCGGUGGCUGUGGACCCCCUCUCCACCAAGAAGGACAGGAUCUUCUGGACGGGAUCCUCCAACGUGCGCUUCUCAACAAAAUCAGCCUACCUGUUGGCGAAUCCGCCUCAUCACGAUCCCCGGCACCUGAUGUGGAAGAAAAUUUGGCGGCUCCCGGUUCCGGAAAGAGUCCGGUGUUUCGCCUGGUUGGUCUGCCUGGGCAAGAUUGCUACAAACCAACUCAGGUUCUCUAGAAAGUGCGCUCCAUCCUCCUCCUGCUACCCCUGUGAAGAUGCUGCCGAGACCAUUUGCCAUGUCCUCCGUGAUUGCCCGCCUGCUGUGUUCUUUUGGAGUAGACACGUGCCGGCGGCCGACCAACAAGCCUUCUUCUCAGCUUCUACAGGAAACUGGCUGCAGAAGAACCUUCUCAAGGAGGAGGUCAUGGUGGCAGAGGUUAGUUGGAAUGCUUUCUUCAGCAUAGCGAUUUGGUGCUUGUGGAAGAACAGGUGCACGGGCUGCUUCAAAGGGGUUACAGCCACUCUGUCUGCCCCGUCCCUGAGCCACUCAAUCAUGCAUAGAGUCAACCUGUGGCACAAGGCUUGGAGUGCCCCUUCAAUCGUGCCAGGUAAGCCUCGGAUGAUCCAAGAAGAGAGGGUAGAGAGCAUUGGGUGGCUUGCCCCCCCAAGGGGAUGGAUGAAGCUCAAUGUUGAUGGGGCUUCGGCGGGAAAUCCCGGGAUUGCAGGGGCUGGCGGAUUGAUUAGAGAUGACCAGGGCCGAUGGAUAGCGGGUUUUGUGGCUAAGAUUGGAGAGACCUCGGCGGCUCUUGCUGAGCUGUGGGCAAUUCGGCAUGGCCUGGACAUUGCCUGGCGCCGCAGGUGCACGAGCUUGAUUGUUGAAUCGGAUUCCCAGCUGGCUAUCCAGUUGAUUAAGGAUCGGCAGGAUCCCAUUCACCCGUACGCCGGCAUUUUGAUGUCGAUUCGACGGCUCUUGAGUCAGGAUUGGCUGGUCAAUAUUGUUCACACAUACCGGGAGGGGAAUAGAGCCGCGGACUGGCUCUCGAAGCACAGUCUCGUCUAUCCCUACGGUGUGAGAGAACUUUUUGACCCGCCAAGGGACUUGUGUCGGGUUCUUCAGGAGGAUAAUCAGGGAGUUUCUUUUGAGCGCCGGAUUGUGGUGCAAAGAGAUAGAUAGCUCCUCUUCUCUGUUUUUUCCCUCCCCCCCCCCCCCCCCCCCCCCCCCCCCCCCUGUUUUUCUGUUUUCCUUCUUGGCCUUGGCCUCCCUUAAUGCAAAAAAAAAAAAAUUGCAAAGCAAAAAUCUAGGAUACAUCUAAUUUAAAAGACCAAAAUGGUUCGAUUGUCUUUGCUCGGGACUCCUGAUUGAUUAUAUUGAUGAUCCAUCAAUAGAGGAAUUAUUAGUCCUGCGCGAGGCCAUCCGGUGGUGUUUGAAACUUUGGAUGGUGGUCUCUCGCAGGUUCGAUUGGGAGGGGACGCAACAAUGGUCAUUGAUAAGGUCAAUCAGCUUCUUAAGUAUGAUAAUCUCUUUGAAGUUAUUCUGGAGGAAGUUUUUUCCAAACUUGGGAAAUAACUACAAUAUUAUGCACUUUUGGGAAUUGUUUUCCAAAUACAUUAAUUGUUGUAAAAUCCAGGAAAUAAGGACAUUUUAUGCUUUUAACCAAACGUGGGUUAUCUUUAUCAGAAUACUUUCAUUCGAUUGAAAAUGUUAAUGUCUCUGUCAUUAAUAAAAAAGAAAUUAUACAUGCAUCAAAGUGAAAAAGAAGAACCAAAAGACAGGCAAAUGCAUUGCACCGUGGUAAAAUUAAACGGUAACUUACUCAGCAACCUAUAAAAUUAAUUUAAAUCAAAACUUGCUUGGAUCACACCCAGUCGAACACUAUUUAUUUAUUCAAUGGGGGAAAAAAAGAACACAAUUUAUUUGCGUUUCACAAUGGGAAUCAUCACGCACUUGAAAAAGCUAGUGGUUCCCCAUUCAAUGAUUUAUUAUUAUGUUUAUAUUCGGUAAAUCACGUAUACCUGUAAAACAAAAUAAAUGUAUAUAGUCGUAUUGUCUCUAACUAAAAUUUCUAACAAUCAUCCAAAAUAUCACACAAACGAAAACAUACGAAUAGAUUAUCAUCAUGUAAUGACCCAAACACAUAACUACUACAGUAUUACUAUCAUGAGUGUAGGAUCCACAAAUAUUACUAAUCACAAUAACCAUUGACACUUUUUUUUUUUUUCAGAAUUUAGAACUUCAAAUGUAGUCACGCCAACGUACCGAUCACGAUUAUUCGUCCAACUAGAUAAAUCAACUCAUACUUUCUUUUGGAGGAAUCAGACCUAACAAUUUGCUUCUGAUUAAAUAACAAGACAUUUUACAAGCAGAAGUUAAAACUAUUAAACUUCUAAAGUAAAAGGAUCAUCUAUCUUACCAUUGCAUUCUUUAAAACCUGUAAGAUAUUAUGAUAUCUAACUAAAUUAGUCUCAUUUUGUAAGUUGGAUUGAUUCCUUAUGAGGUGGAAAAGUAAGGAAAUCUCUCCAUAUAGAUAGAAAAUAGAGUCAACAUGAAUUU